CCGAAUGGACUGUCUCUUCCCCUCGAUCACUUCUGUAGAGACUAUAACCUGAGCGAUGGUAUCCUCACAAAGCUAUCUGACAAUGGUUACACCGGCACAGAGACCAUCUGCUAUAUCCUCAUCUCAGAGCUGAAGGAAAUGGGAUUCAAACUUGGCGAGAUUGCUGCGAUGCGGGCGGCCAUGAAAUGUUGG